AUGACGAAAAUAACAGAUGCAGCAACGAGACAGGCAGUUCAAAGUGCCUAUGACGCCGUUAGAGCAACUGUUGUGAAAAGUCAAGAAAAAGAGUUACAACAGACCAAAACAGACCUAGUAAAUGCUUUCUUAAAAACGAAAAGUCAGGUAGGACAUUACGCUGCAGAUGGAACAUAUGUGCCAGCUGGUGGAACUUAUAUACCACCAAACCCUCCAAGAGACGGAACGAAAGAAGAAAGGUUUAUGAAUGCGAAUGACUUAGAUAGGGAACUUGUUGAAAACGGUCUCGGAAUAUAUGAAAUGCCAGCAGAUGAGGUACAAGAAACUCCACAGGAAGAAGUUCAGAUACAACCAGACAUGGAAGAAAUAGUUCAGCAACAACAACUUGAAGCAGAGGGCAAGUUACCAAAAAGCGACACCAAAGAAGAAGAGAAGAGUAGAACAAAAGUGAAAGUUCAUGAGAAAGUCUCAACAAAGUCUUUACGAUGA